CAACCAAGUAAAUGUCUACUCAUACAAGAUAUUUUGCAUGUAAAACAAGCUAGGAGUUUCAUUAUUUUGAAGGAAUAGUUAAGUUGAAUAGUACUCAAGGGGGACAUAUUGACAUGCUAAAUUAAAUGAUAUCCAAACAAUGAAUAGUAGGCCAAUUGAUCAUCGUAUUAUUGAGAUAGAGGACAACCCAAUUAUUUUCUUUUUGAAACUCCUAGGAGACUUGUUUGACUUUAAAUAGGCCAUAGCUCUUCUUAUUUCUUUCACACGAUCCAAACAAAAGAUAAAGUAAAGAAAACCAUCAAAAGAAAUAUAGCUGCAAGAAGGAGAAUACUACCAGGGGGUGUUCAUAUCAAUAAAAUUUUAGAAGAAUUUGUCUAUAAGGUUGAAGUACAUUCAGCUAAGAUAAGGAUGCUGGGAUGGAAGGAGGCGUAGGAUUCAUGUGCAUAUCAUUUUCAGGUAGGGAGUAAAGCUUGCUACCAUCGCCCGUUGCUUCGGGGAGCUCAGGGAGAGAAGACGUGAAAUGGAGCCAAUCGGAAGAAUCACUAGGAGGAACCCGACGGGCCGUGUACCGGGUGGAUCCGAACGCGGCAGCCGGGGGUCCACUAGGGUGUCAAGGGGAAGGGGCCGUGGAGGCCAACAACAAACCGUGAGCGAUGGCCACGUCGACACGGAGAGUGAGACUUAUUGGUCCUAUGAGGACUCAACCUAUAGGCCGGAAACCGAGCCGGUGGAGACCCCUUAUGAAGGGGAUGAUGAUGAUGUUAGUGACGAGGAGCAAGAUGGCUCCUUGGCAAGAAUUGAGGCGCUGCUCCAACAAUACCACCGGGAGCGCGAGGAGAGGAGGGAACGCCGAAGGCGCCGGGCGGGGCAACCUUCGGGUAUGGCUUCAAGAGGAGGAAGCCACAAUGCAUCUAGAGUCCAUGUGGAACCACAUGGAGGCCGAAAUGAUGGAGGUCCAACCAUAAGGAUCUCCAAGUUUAUCAAGGAAGCAAGAGACUUGGGGUGCAAACCCUUUGACGGAACCGGGGACAUCUCGGUUGCCGCUCAAUGGAUCAAGAGGUUGAAUGAAGCAGCCCUUGACAUGCAAAUCACGCCUAACCUUAAGCUGAGAAUAGCGGUAAGGUUGCUUGAGGGGAUGGCAUCCAAAUGGUGGGAUGGAACCAAGAGCAAGUAUGGCGAGGGCGUCGUUUGGGAGGACUUCCAACGGGAGUUCUUUGCCCAAUAUUACUCCGACUUCGAGGUGAACAAGAAGGUGAGGGAAUAUACCCUCCUAACUCAAGGGGGUAACAUGACGGUGAAGGAACUUGAGUACAAGUUUCGGGACCUUGCCGACUACAUACCGGAGUACGCUUGUGAUGAGAACCGGAUGGUGAACCACUUUUGGGAUGCCCUAGACUUGGAGGUACGUGAUAGGGCAACACAAUUGCCUAACAUGACCUUCGCCCAAGUGGUAGACCAAGCCUUGAAGGGCGAAAAACAGUGGGAAGAGAGGAAGAAAAGAGAUGCCGAUGAGGCGAAGAAAAGAAAAUGGGAGAACCAUGGCCCCCAAGGUUCUAACAAGAAGGGGAACCACGGGGGAGGUAGCUCAUUUAGAACCCCUGCACCACCAUCGAAGGGAAACCAAGGCCCAACCGGGCAAAGCUCGAGGUCACAAAACUCGGGAGUACCAAGGUGCAGCAACUGCAAGAAGCUUCACCAAGGCAAGUGCCGUGAUCCCCCGAGAUGCUAUCAAUGCGGGGAGGUCGGGCACAUGAAGGUGAGUUGCCCACAACUUGGGCGAGCCGUGGGUGCCGGACCAAGCAGUGGAACCAUGGUGAGCAGGAACCGAACGGGAGCACCGAGUGCAAGCAUGGGGCACGGUGGAGCUAGCACAAGCAAUGCACCGUCCGUUAAUCAAGGGAGGACCCAAGCGAGGGUCUAUGCGAUUACGGAGGCCGAUGCACGUGCUAACCCGGACUCCGUCGCGGGUAAAUUCUUGAAUUUUGAUGUUAUUCCCUUGUAUACAACAUAAGUGUUAAAAU